AUGGCUCGUGAAGGAACCCGUUCGUCCACCGGCAACUCCAAGCCGCGUGUCUUUCAGACUGUCGACACCGCUCCUGCCGUGAAGAGGACCACCAAGCCCAAGGCUGCGAAGGAGGAGACCAAGGGCGCCAAACCCACCGGUGUAACCAAGAAGAAGGCCGCCCCCAAGAAGGAGACCGUUGCGAAGAAGGUAUGUCGGCUGCGCCUCAGGUUGUGUGGAGGACAUAUCAGGCACAAUCGGGCUAACUCUCUGACUUUCAGGCCAAGGCUGCUGUCAAGAAGGCCGCGCCCAAGAAGGCAGCCGAGAAGGCCGAGAAGACGGAGAAGGCCGACAAGCCCGAGAAGGCUGAAAAGGCCGAGAAGGUUGAGAAGGUCGAGAAAGCUGAGAAGGUGA